AGAGCGGCGGCCGGAGGAGGAGGAGGAGGAGGACGGGACGGGACGGGCGGCGCUUUUGAGGGGCUCCAUGGAGACCACCACGGGGACCACCUUCACGCUGGCCUACCUGGUGCUGGCCGUCUGCUUCGUCUUCCCGCCCAGCGAGUUCCACCUGGCCGGCCUGACGGUGCAGAACCUGCUGGGCAGCUGGCUGGGCAGCGAGGACGUGGCCUUCGUCGAAUACCACCUGCGGCGGGGCACCGUGACCCUCGUGGCCCACGCCGCCCUGCCCCUGGGCUACUACCUGGGCAUGUGUUUUGCAGCGCCCGAAAAACAGCUCCUCACCAUCUCCCAGGCGCCCGAGCCUUGGAAAAUCUUCUUCGCUGGUGCUCUCCUCCUCCUGGUCCUCGCGGUCACCUUCGCCUACUACUGGUCGCGGGAUGGUUGGUCCCGCCACCCGCUGGUCAGGACCCUCUCUGCCUUUGCUGUGCCGCCCCAUGCCAAUUGGCAGGCCGUGGCCUCGUCCAUCAAUGCCGAGUUCCGCCGGAUUGACAAGUUUGCCACGGGGCCGCCGGGCGCCCGCCUGGUCGUGACCGACAGCUGGAUCCUCAGAGUCACCACCUACGCCUUCCACGUGGGGCUACAGCGGGACCUCCAGCUGACCGUCAUAGACUCUAGGCAGCAGGACCUCUUGCUGGACGUCAACAUGCCGUCGCAGUUCCUCACCAUCCGCGUGACCAGCACCGAUCCCCGCGUGAAGGACUUUGACAUCCGGCUCAACUCGUCGGAAUAUGAGGAAAUGCAGGACAAGCUCUGCGCCCCCAUCCAGAACGGGGCCAAUGUGGUCAUCCAGCAGAGCCUGAGUGACCUCUUCCUGGAGACCUUCACCUCCCUGGUGGAGAGAAACCCGCCUUACCGGGUUCCUAGCAACCAGGAGCUGGACCUCUGCAUUGGCUGCAUGCAGUCCCGCGCCAACGUCAAGUUGCUGAAGAAUUGCCAGGAGCUGCAUGAGGGCGAAUGCCAGCUGUGUUUCUGCUACCCCAUGUGGUGCCUGCUGUGUAUGGGCAAAUGGUUCGCCAGCCAGCAGGACCAGCAACACCCAGAGACUUGGCUCUCCAGCCAUGUGCCUUGCCCCACCUGCCGAGCCAAAUUCUGCAUUUUGGACGUAUGCUCAGUGCAGUGACAGGCCGCCACCACGGCGGGGCGGAGAAGAUGCAAUCUUCCCGGCAGGAUCCAAAAUUUCCACAAUUCCCCCCCCACCCUUUCGAUGCCUUGGGAAAUGCCGUUGUGUUUCUACCCUUUUUCUACCCUGCCAGUGGACGUAUUUCACAAGCUCGGCUCCCGUCUUAAAAAGGGGCCGUGCUUGAGAAGCGCAACUUUCGACUGCUGGUUGCAACAAGUAUUCCUCAAAAACGAGAAUGGGUUCUUUGUUUUUUCUUCGCCGCCUAAAUUGCGGCCGGAUUCAUUGAAUUGUUCCACACUCCACCUUAGUCUGCAAUUCCCAUUUUCCCCCCAAAAUUUUUCUAUCCCGGAAACAGGAACGACGCUGGCAGAUUUUGCAACAGACUUUCUCGUAAACACAUUAUGUGCUGGUUGGGUCUUAUUUUCAGGAAAAUACGGUUCCAAAUGUGUUCCUCUGGUUGACCAUCUUAACGGGUUAAUUUUGGGGGUGGGACUUAUAUUAGAAGCAUCCUGAAAUAGGCUAGGGCUUAUUUUCCAGUUGGGUCUUAUUUUUCAGAUAUAAUCUAAAUUAGUGCAGUGUUCCCAAAGGAUUUUUCUCGGGAAACAGAUUAAUGGCCUGGGAACUUGUGCGAUUAAAAAUCUCAUCCCCGCCACCCCUGGAGCUUACAAUAACAGUCGGGAGAAAACGAUCCGGCAUUUGAAGUAUUGCUGUACCAAAAAUUAACAAUUUGGGAUGACACCCCAUUGUGUUUUUGGAGGGGGGUGGGUUCGAGGCUGAAUUUUGAGUGGAAAAAAAAACAACAUACUUGAAAUGGUCUUUUUCAGGCAGGUUCGUAACUCGGUUUCACCAAGUGUAGUAUUUUGUCGGGAUCCUUUGUGAAGGGC